UGAAUGGCUAUGACAGAAGCACCAAGUCUGAAAAUGAUAGUUUGUAUUUGAAGCUUUUUCAGCAUUGUCAUAGCAGCUGAAGUGCUUGUGAAGGACGGUUGAUCUUGCGCCGAGGCUACGGCUCUAACGAGAUCAGGUGUGCACAGCUAUUCAUCCAGUCAGAGAUCUUUCUUCACUGAGUUGGAAAAACAGGUUUUAUGAUCCCGAAAUAGCGUGGGCAGACUAUACGGUCUUCCUUGCUUGACUGACGACCAAGUCCUCAUAAUGCAGACUGACCCAGUAAGGAUGGGGUAGCAGAGAUUAGAAUGAAACCCACCACGUAGUGAUCAACACCUUGUGAAAUAUAACCACCACCAAAGACAAGUUUCUGGAGAGAAUACACUUGUUGAGAUCUGGAACCGGAUGCUGUGAUGUAGUUGAAGCAGCUCAAACAGCAAGCCUGAACUCCGCAUCCAACCAACCGGAUUAAACCAGACACAUACAACAUGUCUGCAAUUGAGCAGUUGUCAAUCACUCUGGAGCAUGACAUUGACGAGCAGUAUCAGUACCAACCUGGCGAGGUGGUGCGUGGCUCCAUCUGCAUCAAAUCAACCAGACCCACCUUCAUCAGGACAAUAUUCAUCACGAUAGUCGGGGAGGGCUCAGUUGGCUGGGACGAUGAGAGUACUGGAGAGACGUACACCGCCAAUGAGACAUACAUCAAUGCAUCUAAGGUUGUCAUCGAUGCUCGGGGAGGACGACCAAAAGGGAUUCAUGUCGGCAACAAUGACUUCCCUUUCGCGUACCAGCUUCCCGAAAACCUCCCAUCUUCGUACAUCGGAAAAUAUGGGAGUGUAACAUACCUAAUGAAAGCAACGGUCAAGGGAGAUAAGUCUAUUGAUCAAGCUAUUACAAGUGAGCCGUUUCUGUGUUUAAGGAGGAGUCCGUUGCCAGAUUCCAUAGAAACACCAUUGGAGUUAGAACGGAAUCAGUGUUUCUGGGCUUCGUGCACUUUUGGGAAUGUUUAUGUUCGCGCAGGACUCAACAAGCAAGGUGGUGUGCCUGGAGAAGAUUUGUUUGUUCACGCGGAAGUGAAAAACAAAAGUCGGCGUACGAUCACAGCUGUCCAGGCAUCGAUCAUCAUGCAUAGUACAUACAAUGCCAAGAAGUACACCACGAACUUUCGACAGAUAGUCAACAAGAAACGUGAUGAGUAUGACCUAACCUACAAUGACGGAAGGCGAUGGUCAUAUGUUCGUCUCACCGUUCCGCCAUACAUCCCCGAAUCGAACUUGGAAUACUGCGAUAUUAUCGACUUGUCGUAUCUUUUCCAGUUUCGGGUGGAGUUGACAGGAGGAGUUGAGGUGAAACUGGAAGCUCCUCUCCUGAUUGGAGCUCACCCAGCCGGGUUGGAAAUUCCGAAACAAGAGAAGCCAAAUAACAACAUCAAUAGUCAAUGGACAGUGAAAAUGAAGGGGAUUGUACUGGACAAUGUAGGUAAUGGGUUCGACGAACGUGACACGGUCAAUGACUGGCAUGGGGGAGUACCACCUGAGCUUCGGAGCGAUGACAGGAGCGUCAUCAACAAUCCUCUGUUUCGUCAUAAUUCCUUCAUGAAUCGUGGUGGUCACGCUGGGAUGAGGAACGCUCCAGAGGAGCCACCAGAGAUCAUCGAGAACACCAAAUUAUGAAGACGGUCCUAGAAAGUACUAGUAAAUACAUAAAUAUAUUCUGUUUUGGGUUGCCACUGGUCAAAAUAUUUAUUCUAUGCAAAUUUGUAGAUAAGAACUGGUUUGAGAAUUGAAGAUGUCCACUGUAGUUUUACUGUUAUUUUACAACAAUAACUUACCAAAUAAUUUGAAAUUGAUUUUUAUCCAUGAAUCAUCCUAAGAGAAAUCCACAAAGACAUUCUUGCUAUUAACAAGGAAUAUGCACCUGUCAAUCAGAGACACCUCACUGACAUUGAUGAGCUUCUUGGAACAAUCACAUAUCAAUUUCAUGUACAUACUUUGACAGUUCCUUGUCAAGUGUGUGUUGUAAAUAUCACUGAAAUGGAUUAGCCUGUGUACAGGAAUAUAUAUUACCCAGUGACUAUCAAGUGCAAUGGACAUACUUACAUAGUAUCAUUAGGGGCUAGUAUAUAUAUGUAUAAAAUACUAUUUUACUGUCAUUUGUCACUAUUGGAAUCAAAUGUUAAUGCAGAAUUUUACAAAAUAAUAUUAUAUGUUCAAUUAAUCAUGCAUUUAUUUCAUAAUUGUCAGCUUUAAAGAGAUUUUAAAACUACAAAA